AUGCCAAAUUUAAUUCCUUAUCUUGACUAUAAUAAAUUAAUGAAUAUAUCAAGUAAUCCACCACAAUGGUUAUAUCCAAAUCUUUCUUGGACAGAUAGAAAAACAUUAGCACGUGUUGACAAUUGUCCUCAAGCAGGUACAAAUCGUAUUUUAAAUCUAAUGCAUGAUUAUAUAAAAUAUCUAUCUAUUAUGAAUAAAAAAUUUAAUUCGACAAAAAUUCCACGAAUACAAAUCAAUUGGAAUGUUAUUGAAGGUUGGGAAUGGAGAGAUGAACAUUGUCUAGAUUUAUUAUAUGAAAAAUUUAAUGAUUCGAAACAAUUUGAUUAUGCUUAUCGUUAUGUUACUAAUCCUUGUCAUGAAGAUACACAACAUUUAAAAGAUUUAGUAGAAUUACUCUGUUCUGUAAAUAAUUGUCCUGAAGUUGUUUAUAUGGAUAUGGAUUUAACAUAUUUUACAUCGUAUUCAUUAGAAGUUCUUCAUAUGAAUAAACAAAUUUUAAAUUCAUUGAAUAUUUCAUUUGGAAUUCAUCUAGUUGAUCAAUGUGUAGAAAUUGAUAAUUGUGUUGCAGAAAUUCUUCUGACAGAUCAUUCACAAGUUGUAUUAAAUUUAGAUGCAAAAUCAAAAUAUCCAAAUUUAACUCGAAAUCAAAUGCAAGAACUUAGUUUAAUUAAUGUUCUAAAUUUUUUAAUCAAUCAGAAUAUUGUUGAUAAAGAUACGCAUAUUGCAAUAACAAGUUGGACUACAUGGCCCAUUGAAAUUGGUCAACAAACGAAUGAGUUAAGAUCUGGUGGUAUGACUCAUACUGCAAAUGAAAUCUUUGAACAGAUACUAAUACCACAUUCAUUUGCAAAAUAA